CAUGUUCGGUUGGAUAGCUGAGAGAAAAAGCCGAGGCGACAGUCCGGGGUCCACCGCGCUCGUAUCUGGUCUGUGUCCAACUGCUUUUUUUCCUAAAUGGCAACGACGGCAGAGGACCAGCGGGAACCGGCGGACGCCGCUGCACUGUCGACACACCACGGCUGCCACCACCACAACAACAGCAACAACAAUAACAACAACAACAAUAACAACAAAGACAGCGAGGCGGGAGAGAGCGCGACCUCUGCCACCGCCAACUCGACAGAAUCCGGCGGGACGGCGUCGCAGAGCAUCGGUAACGGCUCGGUUAUCAACCCUAACGGGGGGAACAACGGGAAGUGGGUUCGGCUCAACGUUGGCGGCACGGUGUUCCUCACGACGCGGCAGACGCUCCUCAAGGAGCAAACUUCGUUCCUGUACCGGCUGUGCCAGCAGCAGGACCUGCAUUCGGACACGGAUGAGACUGGAGCUUAUGUAAUUGAUAGGGAUCCUACCUACUUUGGCCCCAUCCUCAACUACUUGCGGCAUGGCAAACUGGUCUACAACAAGGAGCUCGCUGAAGAAGGUGUCCUGGAGGAGGCCGAAUUUUACAACAUCACCCCGCUCAUCAAACUGAUUAAAGAGAGGAUCGUAGAGAGAGACUCCAAAGCCACACAGCAGGUGCCCCCCAAGCAUGUCUACCGAGUUUUGCAGUGCCAGGAGGAGGAGCUGACCCAGAUGGUCUCCACGAUGUCGGACGGCUGGAAGUUUGAGCAGGUCAGCGUGCGCGCCUGCAGAAAGCCCCGCACCGGACUGCUCUGGACUAUGGUAAACAUCGGCUCGUCGUACAGCUAUGGAACAGAGGAUCAGGCUGAAUUCCUGUGCGUCGUAUCAAAGGAGCUCCACACGGCCGGAUCUGGGCUGGGAACAGAGCAGAGUCACAAAACCAAGCUUUUUCAAAUCCACGGGUCCCGGAUGUAGAAAUCACGAGAAUUUAUUUUUCCUAUGCUUGUCAUGUUCUGUACAUGGCAUUUGUGUGUUUUUGUCCGUGGACAGUCAUCGCAAUACGUAGCAUUGUUGCCACUUCAUUGACAAAAUGCUGGUUAGUAUUAGCAAACGUCCAAAAAUGUCUAAUAUCACUGUAAACGCAAUGGAGCAAUACCAUCUUAAAAAAAAGAAAAAAGUGAAAUCACCUUAAUUUACAGACAUGCUCAUGUGUUGUGUCUGUGCAAAUGUUAUAUUGCCAAGGGCAGUAGUGCAGCUUAGUAAAUCAUGACCAAAGAGCCAUAUUAGAUCUGGCUGAACCAAGGUGCUGAUUCUUAAUAUGACAGGAGAGAAUUGGCGUCGUCUUGGUUAACCUGUGAGGAGCUGUCCCAUCUGUGCUGCACAGGAUUUGCAUCAUUAUAUUUCCUAAUGAAGCAGCUAUCCCAGUGAUUUAUGCAAUUGUUGCCCAGUCUUUGACCACCGACUCUGCUGAAGUCCUGACAGUAUUUCAUAGUUGGGUACGAGGUUUUCUCAUGACAAAAAAAUCACAUCGGUUGUGAAGAAAACCUGCCAGCAGCUGCUGGACCCCACAGAGCAAAAGUGUGUUAAAUCACCCAUAUCAGCCUUAUUUAGAGAUGACUUCAAGCGUACUCAAGUAAUUAAAUCUUCACGAGCUCAACUCAAAGUCCACUAAUUUGUUGCUCUCAGUCAUUCAGGAGGGUGUGUGUUUGUGUGUUAGCAUAGCCACUUCUUGGUUUGGACUGUGUAACUGAAGUAGGUCAAAAAUGUGCUUGUGGGGACAAUUUUACACUUUCUGGACAUUACAAAGGUGCACACGCUGCACUGGUGAAAACACAAACUGCUCUACAUUGUCGCCCACAGACACACACACACACACAUGCGCGCGUAUACACAUAUAUCCCUUGUUUGUGCUGAUGCAUACCUGCAUCACCUUGGACAACAGCAGUGUUGCUUCGGUCUGUUGCCAUGGCUGGGAUCCAGUUCCUGCUUUGGCCUCAACAGACUUAGAGACGUUGGUGUAGUCAGGAAAGGCUUAAAAAGCAGGCAUGGAGGAGGAAGGGGGCAAGGAUGAGUCUGGUGUACCACAGCUUUGUAAUAUUAGUGAUCAUAUCCUGUUUUUGUUCCAAUAAAAGCCCCACAGCAGGCAGAUCUGCUGCAGUGCAGGUGUAUGACUGAAAAUAAAAUGUCAAAGAAAGCCACGUGACUUUUAACAACCUCUGCUGUGAACAUGCAAGAACCACACCACAGAUCACAUUUGAACUCAUGCACGAGACUGUGGCCAAUUUCCUUAUAGCUCUUGGCAUCACUCUGCAAAUACACCACUCACAUUUGGUGUUUAUUAAACUUCAGGAGGUGCACUUAGUGAAUGUUAGGGUGAAACCAAAAGGGUUAUAGAUUAGUUAUAAAACAGCAGAUUUUUAAAGCAUGUAGAUAAGAAUUUAGAGUAGGUCUGCUAUAGUCCAAUAUCACGCUGUAGCUUAUAAGAAAACACUUUCUUGAACAGAUGCUAACAUUAAAAUGCAACUCAGUACUUCUUGGAUGAAUAAAUAAGUACAUUUGUGGAGUAAGUGAUGUAAGUUAUUGGUCUGUUUUCAGCCUCAAAUUAAGAUUUGGUGCGCUUCUCAGAUUUAACGCAAGCCCAGAAGGAUUAUUUCUGCCUCUGAGACUACAGCAGUCGUGUUAAGCAUCGUCUGCCUGCAGCUUUAGUCUCACCUCCUGCUGUUUAGCUCCUGCAGCACACCUACUGACCAGCAACACACAGCCAACAAGUGUGCAGGGGUCACAAAUUUGAGACAAUCGAGAAAUAAGAUCGUGGUCGGCAACCUUUUUUUUUUUUUUUUCCCCCUCUAUCUCCUAACAUUUUGAUAAUAAAAUCAAUUUAACAUAAAAAAAAUAAAUGGGAUGUAAAUACAAUAUUCCAUGUUUGUUUUCCACUUAUAGCACUGAUCAGAAAACAUAUCCUCAACCUGUGGGAUCCUCCCGAUCCCUAAUUAGGAGGAUUAGCAGAACACGGUAAAUGUUAAAUGUGUAGUUAGCCUGCAGUUACUGCGUACGAUACUCAUAACAGUGAUGUUGACAGAACAGAGAAGACCAAACGAUUUCAUUUCUUCUGCUUUUUUUUUCUCUUCUCUUUGUGGCUUUUAACUCGGAUCAUUCAGUGCCUUGAGUUCAAGCAGCAAAACAGACAUGUCAGCAUGAUCGUAGCUGUUAUUCCAUGCGUUUUUAAGUGGCUGCUUUUAAUAUUUUACAGUAGAUGGUUUACAAUCUCACUUUUUGUUUUUACUGUAAUUGUCUUCUCGUGCAUUUACUGAG